AACAUGACCGGCAAUGGAAGUUAAAGUACACAAUGUAAACGAUAAAACCGAAAUAUAUGAAUCGUGUAGUCAGAGCCAGACAAUAUACUGUGGGUUAGUGUACCACCCGACUUAAGGGACCGCGGAUCAAAAGAACUGACUCGCGCAGAAAUUUUUAUACGUAAAAACAAUUCACAAGGAUGUGUGAACCGUCCUAAAUAAACAAACAAAAAAACUAUCUUUAAAACAAAACAAAUAAAAUUCGAAACGUAUUUAAUUCAUGUAGCGACAACAGAAACCAUGCAAUAAACGAAAGGAAAUCUGUCAUUCGCAAACGUUGAAAUAUUAAAAUUUACAUUAAAAUAAAAACAGUGGAAAAUAGUGGUCAAUAAAACUAGAUUAACCAGGUCCUAAGGAUCUGGACUGCCAAGUCCAAUUUCACCUGUAAUGGAGAAAGGUGAACGGUUUUCAGAAUAUCUGUUCGCGAAGAUGGGCCCUGGAGAUAGGGGGCCUAAGACCACAGAAGACCGGUCUGCUCCUGUGGAACGGACUGGCUUCAGGAAGAUCCUCGUCGACAAUGUGAUGCUGGUCGUCACCCUGGCUGGAGUCAUCACUGGGAUUGGUCUUGGUCUGGGACUUCGACCCUACCACCUGGGCCCUGACGCCUUAAUGAUAAUAUCCUACCCUGGCGAACUCUUCAUGAGGCUUCUAAAACUGAUGAUCCUACCUCUAAUCAUAGCAAGUCUAAUCGCUGGAUCAGCAAGCUUGAAUGCAAAGAUGAGUGGGAAAAUUGCAAUCAGGACUUUGCUCUAUUUUAUUCUAACGUCCAUGUUCAAUGCCUUUCUUGGUCUGGUUUUGGCAAUGGUGAUCCAUCCUGGAGUGCCUGAGAUUAAGCAAUUUGCAACUUAUGUUGAGGGGAAGAGGGAACAUAGUAUUUUGGACAGCAUUUUGGAUAUUGGCCGGAACAUAUUUCCGGACAAUAUCGUGCAAGCUGCUUUCCAGCAAGCACACACGGUGUAUACCGAGGCACCUGCGAUGUUCGGACGGAAUGCUAGUGAAAACGACACUGUGCCUAUGGUUCGAGUCGUCGCAUAUAGAUCAGGCACCAACACAUUAGGCUUAGUAUUCUUCUGUCUAGUUUUUGGCAGUCUCCUGGGAACAUUAGGGGCUAAAGGCCAAGUAGUGAUAGACUUCUUCCAAGCAAUAUUUGAGGUGAUCAUGAAGAUGGUGACUGGUGUGAUGUGGUUCACCCCGGUUGGAGUAAGCAGUGUCAUAGCUGGGAAGAUUCUUGGUGUGAAUGAUGUUGCGUCAGUAAUGUCUCAACUAGCGUGGUUCAUAGCCACGGUAGCUGUUGGAGUGUUCUUCUACCAACUGAUAGUGAUGCAGCUGAUCUACUUCUUGUUCUUACGACGGAACCCCUACAAGUUCUACUGGGGACUGUCACAUGCCAUGCUCACGGCCUCUGCUACUGCAUCUACUGCAGCAGCUCUCCCAGUGACCUUCAGAGCUAUGGAAGGUCCCUUGCAGGUGGACCCUCGCAUCACCCGCUUCGUGUUGCCAAUCGGCUGCAACAUCAACAUGGAUGGCACGGCUCUCUUUCUCUCUGUCGCCAGUGUCUUUGUCUGCCAAAUGAAUAACAUACAUCUUGGGUUCGCUCAGCUGGCUACUAUUUUCCUGACAUCAACAGCAGCGUCAGUAUCAUCAGCGUCAGUUCCAUCGGCCGCCAUGGUGUUGCUGCUGGUAGUGUUGGCCGCCGUGGAUGCGCCCACGCACGAUGUGUCGCUGUUGUUCGCUGUUGAUUGGCUUGUUGACCGUAUCAGGACCACCAACAACAUGCUUGGAGACUGCUACGCGGCUGCAGUAGUGGAACAUCUGUCAAAGAACGAGCUGAUGGCAUGUGACGCUUUAAAUGCGGACCCCAUAAACGGGUUGACCCCAAACACGGACGUGGACAUCGGCAUAGUGACCCCAAGUAAAAAGUCCAUCGGUUCUGACGAAGUAAUCAUUGAUAUGCAUUUAAAUAACCACACUGACGCCAUUAAGCGGAUUUAGUGACUACUCGUAUAAUUUAUCAUUUUCUUUUAAGAGUGUACCAUUUUAGACCUUAGUCCAUUUAUCUAAGAGUGGGAAUGGCCUAUGCCUGAUGGUGGAUGAUUUGGGGUGACUAUGAAGUCAAUUGGGCUUGACUGUGUAGAAACGUGUAGAGGUUAUACAGAGUGUGUUAUAUUACUUUUUUGACAAAGAAUACAGUUUUUAGUCACAUUUUCGUGCUGUGUUAAAUUACUUUUUUGAUAAAGAAUAUAGCUACAUUUAGUCACAGUAUGUCGUAGCGCUUGGUGAUUGUCCUUCUCUCGCUCGUUCAGUGUCUUUGUGUGUGUCCUACACACAGAAUGACUUCAGCCAUGAUAUCAAAUACAUCGAGGGAAGUGGACUUUUUUUUUACAUCGUAGCGCCUUUAGCCUAGAAUGGGUAGACAGAGGUGCACAUUACAAAACCGAAAAAAGCCCAGCAAUACUUUGCCCGACCCGGGACUCGAACCUGAAACCCCUUGUCCGGCAGUCGCACUUACGACCACUCGACUAACGAGGAAAAUGGAAAUAUAUUUCUUUUUUUUUACUUUCUUUUGUCUUCUAAUUCAUUUCAUUGUGGGAUCCAAGACAGUUACUUACAAGUAACAUAACAUACUCUGUGUAAAGAAGAAUUUCAAUUAGCAUUAAAGUGUCAUCAAUAAUAUAACUGUAGAAAGGUUCAGUAUUCACUACAUUAGACCCUAAGGCCACUUUAUGUAAUCUUAAGGGUGAUUGGGCUACGUUCACACGUACGAAUUAAUUUCUUUACAUAUAUUCGUUUAAUAUGUCUAUAAAAUCAUAUAAUAUAACACCGUAGCGGGUUGUAAUGACGAGUUGAAUAAGAAACUAUAAAAUUCAGUUGUGGCAACACAUGACAAGUAACAUAUGACAGAAAUCAAAUCAACGGAUGACGUCUUAUAUUCUACAUCGCACAUAUGGGAAGGGAACUUUACUCACGGUUCCUUAAACAGUGAUUGAAAUUAUUAAUCCUAAGGUAAUGUAGAAGAGAUCAAAGCGACCUUCCAGUGUCCAUAAUUGUUUUGAAUAAAAUAUAGAAGUAUGUAGAGACUACUCGUGAUACAAUUCAAACAUCAACUCAAUUUACAUAUUUUAGAAAUAAAUCCACUGUUGACAAUUUUCCUUCUUGCCAGACAAGAAUAAAGUAAUAAGAUUGAAUAUUCAAUAAAAUUUUAUUAUGUUUGUACGUGUGUACUUAGCUUUACAGACAGGGUUGACCAGUGAAGGCCUUACCUUUUUAAAGGCAUUUUGAGUGUUACCACAACGGAAAAGGUAUCAGAGAAACUCAGUUACCAUAGUGAAAAAAAAAAAACUAAGAAUAGCGACAAAAUGAUAAUAAUACAAGUGUGUUGUACGCAUAGUUUUGUAGUCAUCAUUGCAAUGUAUUGAAAAUACUUAGACAUUUCUAGUAUACAACCAUAUUUUAAUUAUUAAAAAAAAAAGCUUGACAACGUUGCCUUAUAAUCGGUAUCCGUAUUAAAAAUAUCAGUAUUUAGAUGUAAUAUUUAAAAAAAAAACUGACGCCCGUUUUUUGAUCACUGUAUAUUUUAAUAAAGUCAGGGUGCUUACUCUUAUAACCAAUCUCAAUGUUAUCUUUAAAAAAUGAAAAUAAAAAUUUGCCCCUCCUUCGGAUUUUAUCCUGUAUCGUGGAUGCGUUUAUAAACAUACACAUGAUUACCCAGACUCGAAACUACAAGUUGUGGAUCACACAAAGAGUGAGAGAGCUCUUCGUGCGGGAAUCGAACCCGUUACACGUUGCACGGCACGGCAGCCGGUUGGUUGCCUAACCAAUGCAUUGUUAAUUCAAUUUCAAUGCGAUAUGAUCUCAAUCAUUAAUUAUAUUAAUUAUUCAAUGCUGCUCAAAAUUAUACCACCCCAAUCGUAGCUGUUAAAAUAGUAUUUAGAGUACGGAAUAUACAACCAAACUUAAUACUAUUUAGUUCAUUCAAUUGAAAUUUCCACGCAAUACGGAUGCAAUGGGCGCAUUUUUUUAAGGUGGAAAAUCAUUCAAUGACUUCUCCCACCUUGGACGAGGCGAGAGGGAGUGUCAGACUCUUGCUGACUAAAAACCACCUCGUUUCUUCUCCUGCUUUUCAAGCCGGAGCCCCCGUAACCCGAUAGGCAGUCCGCAGCUCUAGGUUUUAAUGGGCGCUAGUGUUGCAAUUUAAUAGUAUGAAAUUUCACAAUAUCAAUAGCGAUCGAUUGGGAUAGGCUAUAAGAGUAAGUCCCCUGUAAUCUUCUAAUGAAUGCAAUUUUUAACUACAUUUUAAUAAUAUGGGAAUAUCAAAUGACUAAAAUCCAUUCCUAUUAACAUCAAUAUAUAAAAAUGAACAGGGCUACAGUGUUCGUAGGCAUUUUAUAUCAAUUAUAUAUUAUAUAUACUAUACAAUAGUGAUAUAUAUUGCUUUAUGUAUAAGCUUCCCUUGUAAGGGUUGAGAAGUAUGUAGAUGCUCAAUUUUAAUCCACUCUUAUAUACAUUCAUAUUAUUUUAUUAUGUAUAAAACCUACUAAUUUUAUUAUAUAAGGCGUUUUAAAAUUAUCUGCCACGGCUUUAAUGGGAGGUAGUGUUGUGUUUGAAGAUUACAAUAGUGAAGAAAUUUCGUACCCCGGACCAGUUAAUUCAAUUUGAGAACAUAAAGAAGUUAAAUGAACGUUGACUCUACUCUGCACAACGUGGUUCAUAAAUAGGCACGAUGGCACGCUUUACAGACAUAUGAAAGAGUUAGCUCUUUCAUAACAAACUCAUAAGUAGAUUUCAUUGCAUGAAAAAAAAUUAUUCAUAAAUAAUAAUUUAUAUUUACUAUUGUAAUCUUUAAACACAACACUACCUCCCAUUAAAGAUCCGGCAGAUAAUUUUAGAACAGCUUAUAUACCGACUGAACACAGACUUCAAGUAUUAUUUCUUUUCAAUUUGAUUAAGAAAUUUUAUGAAAAAAGACAAUUUAAUCUUACGUGGUUGAUAUAGGUAAGCGUCCACAGGCCCGCAUCGUACGCAUCGCACGCAUCGUACGCAUUCCGUAUGACGUCAUCAGUACGCAUCGCAUGUAGACAUUGCCGAUGAUGCGGUCCGUACGAUGCGGGUCAGUGGACGCAGUUGUAUGAGUUUCUAUGCAAGACAAACUAAAAUCCGUUGCGGUGCGUACGAUGCGGGCCUGUAGACGCGUACCUUAAAAAUGUAUGAAUCAAUUUGAGUAAAAAUUAAAAAGUAUUCUUCAAUGGUUUUCAAAUUCCUUUCUAAUGGCAUCUUAAUAAGACAUUUUAAAAAUAAUAUUACCAUGAUAAUAAUUUAAAUAAAUAUAUUAACCAAAUUAAGAUCAUAUUUGGAAGUCGGAUAUAAGUUUUAUACUUUAUUUCCAAGCACUUUUAUGUAAAAUUUUUAAACAUUUGUAAGCUACCUUAAAAUUUUGUAUGAUUUUACCUAAAUUAAAAAGCAAUAAGCACCAAUAUUCAUCCAAAUUACAAGUUGGUAAUUAUUAUUGUAUCAAAAAGUAGUUGUAGUUCCAACUGUGAUAAUAAUAUUUAAUUUAUCAUUUUUUUUCAUAAUUUAGCUAUAAAAUUUAUUACUGCAGACAUGAGUGAUUUUGCAAAGUCUUUCUAAAUCAAUACGUGAACGAGUGAAUAAGGUUCAAUUUACUUUGACACAUUUUUAUCGGAUUUCAGUACAAUGAUGAUGAUGCGUUGUCUAGGUAAACAGAACCCUUAAUAUGAGAUUACGUUUAAUGUAAUCGAAAUGAAAGCGCGUUCGGCGCUCCGAUUGGCCGGCUUGAAAAAACUAACCAAUCAGAGCGCUGAACGCUCGAUUAUUUUAAAACGUAAAGCAAACUCGUACUAAGGAUACUGAAAUUUUUUGAAUAUCAGUUGUAAGGAAGUCAUUGAUUUGCCAAAAAUUUGGUGAAGUAAUGUUUUGCGAAAUUACUCAUGUCUUAUUAUUAAUAUUUAGUACGUACGAGUAUGUAUUAAAAUUAAUCAAUUUUAAUAAACAACAUUUUCUUUCA